AUGUUCAACUUCACGCUCAAGACGGCCAAGGCCCGUGACGGAUAUCUCAGGCAAACUGGUAAGCCCGUCGGGCAGCUACACGGCCUAUCGGUCUCCACCAAGGACUGCUUUAACGUUGUCGACAAGCCUGUGGAGCGCAACGCCGCGGUGGCCGACAUCCUUCUGAAUGGCGACGUAGUGCUGUAUGUCAAGACCAAUGUGCCGGCGGCCAUGAUGAUGCUCGCGACGGUGAACACCGUGACGGGGCGGACGCUGAAUCCGUUGGAUCGUGGGCUGGCAGCUCCAGGGCCACUUGAUUGCUCUGACGGCUCGUAUAUCGCGGACGCUAUGCACAACAUGUCUUCGAGUCUGAAUGCCUCGACUCAAAGGACAAGUAUUCGGGAAUGUGCACCCACUCAGAACGUUUGCAAGUCGUCAAGUCGUCAAGUCGUUUGA